CUCAGUUUCGCGGCAACUACAGGAUCCAAGGUAACGUUUGAACUAGCCAGCUGGGCCGCAACGUCGACUUCAUCCACCCUGACCGCCACCGAUCCCGGAUGCGCACGUUUGACUGAGCUCUUGUCGCUGCUGGAAUCCAUGGGGAGGGGGAGAGGACGAAAGCGAAGAAAGUAUGCAGGAAAGAUAGGCGGGUUUUAAGGAAGCCAAGGGAGUGCCGUAAUAUGAAUAAUCUGUGAUUAAGAUUUGCGUGUAUUCAUUGAACUUUGCGUAGUAAGUAGCCGCAUGUCCUUCGUGGCUUCAUCCGUUGAUGUCGAGGAUUGCUUAACAGCGGCGUCGGAAGCUAUAAGGUUUCACCGUGCUUCUCAGGCUGCGACUGGACCCUGGGAUUAUGAAAUGGAGCGGGAGGAUUCGAGGAUAGUGCCUGAAGUAUUUAGGUAAACGGUGCGGGCCUCCGAGUGGACGAGGACGGAUCUGGACGAUGCGGGCUCAGGGCUACCAAGGAAAAGACAUUGAUGGGUAUGUACCUGAAAAAGGAAACUGUCAACAGUCAUCUCCUCCUCGGCUUUGCCGGCUUGGUUUGUCCUUUCACGACGUGUUUCUUUGCCCCAAUAUAUUCGUCCAAUGGCGUCGGAAGAGAGUCACCAUGAGACCCGAGAGUGGACACUUGACCCCGAAACAGAAUACAGGUUUGAAUUGGAUCCAGGGACAUCGUUAGCUAUCAAGCUCAUUCGCGGUAACGCUGAAGUCUUCGGCGCUGAGCUGGCGCCUAACAAGCACUAUCUGUUUGGGCAGGAAUGUAAAGCUGCGAUCUUCACUUGGAGGGGAUGCACGAUCGAGAUGAGUCAUGCUUCAACAGAAUACGUAUCGGAGGAGACGCCAAUGACGGCCUAUGCGAAUGUGCAUGUCGCAUUUGAGCAGAUGCGCGUCCGCGCGUUGAGGGACCUUCGAGGAUCGCCUGUUCCCGACUUUGAGCGUGACAAGCCCAGUGACCCCCCUCGUGUACUGGUCGUUGGACCAGAGAACUCGGGUAAAACAUCCCUAUGCAAGAUUCUCAUAAACUAUGCUGUUAGGGCUGGGCAAGGAUGGUCACCUCUUCUCGUCAACGUCGAUCCCUCAGAGGGUGGAUGGGCUGCCCCCGGGACGCUAUCUGUUGCUCCUAUACAAACCCCUCUACCGACUUCUUCUCCGGGCAGUCCGUUGGGCUCAGCAGCGACGUCGGCACCGACCGCCCUGUCUUCUAAUGCCCUCGUUCCGCUCGCUUACUGGUACGGGCACCCGGAAAUCAAGCGCAACCCGCUGCUGAUGGAGCGGAUAAUUCGUAAUCUGGGACAAGCCAUUGAGGACCGAUAUCAAGUCGAUGUCGAAGGCAAGUGCAGAACGGCUGGGCUCGUCGUCGACACGCCAUCCAGCUUUGCCCCAGGCCCUGGCAACAACGACUCCCGGCAGAAGCUGAUCAGCUCUUGCGUGGAAGCGUUCAAAAUCAACGUCAUUCUUGUCGUCGGUCACGAAAAGCUCAAUGUCGAGCUACAGCGAGCGUACGGCAACCGAAUUACCGUCGUCAAAAUACCGAAGUCGGGGGGUGUCGUUGAAUUGGACCACCUCUAUCGGCAGCGAGUGCACAUGUAUCAGCUCCACACCUACAUGUACGGCCAAAAGCUACCUCUGCCUGCGGGCAUCACCUCCGCCUCGCUCGGCGGCGAAACGGUCUCGGAUCUGAUCCUGUCUCCGUCCUCGACCAUCAUCAACUUUGACGACCUAUCGAUAUUCCGGAUCGGGGCAGAAACGAUGGCCCCAUCCUCUGCCCUGCCCAUCGGAGCAGCCCGGACAGUCUCUGAAACGCAGUCGGUGCCGAUUGACCCGGCCUCUCCCGGCUCCGGUCUACUCAACGCUGUGCUUGCCAUUGUGGCUCCUUUGAGCACAGAUGAGUCGGAACGGUACGAUGAAGAGCUCCUGGACCAGCCCAUAUCCGGCUACCUCGUCAUCACGAAUGUGGACAUUCCCCAACGCAAAUUGACUGUUCUUUCCCCCAACCACGGGUCGAUUACAGGUCGAACAGCAAUCACUGGCUCGUUCGAGUGGCAGGAGUAAUUCGGGAUCUAGACUCUACGGAUGUAUUACGUCGACAUGUAUCGUCUGUUCUAGAAACGGAACCACUGUCCAUCUCACUUUAGGAUCGUUUAGAGUUUAC